CUCUCUCUCUCUCUCCAAGUCCAGCUUCAUUAGCAUCUUAGAGCAGAGACAAUGGCUUCGGCUAGAGUGAUGGCUCUGGCUCUUGCAGUUCUCGGUAUCAUGCUGUCCACCACAUGGAUGGUUGAAGCAAGAAUACCUGGCGUCUACGCCGGAGGGCCGUGGCAGAGCGCUCACGCCACCUUCUACGGCGGCGCGGAUGCCUCCGGCACCAUGGGCGGAGCCUGUGGCUACGGCAACCUCUACAGCCAGGGGUACGGCGUGAACACGGCGGCGCUGAGCACCGCGCUCUUCAACAACGGGCUCAGCUGUGGCGCGUGCUUCGAGAUCAAGUGCGCCGACGACCCACGGUGGUGCCACUCGGGUGGCGAUUCCAUAUUCGUAACGGCCACCAACUUUUGCCCCCCGAACUACGCACUCCCCAGCGACAACGGCGGGUGGUGCAACCCUCCCCGCCCCCACUUCGACCUCGCCAUGCCUGUGUUCCUCAAGAUCGCCGAGUACCGCGCCGGGAUCGUCCCCGUCGCGCACCGCAGGGUGCCGUGCCGGAAGCAGGGCGGCAUCAGGUUCACGAUCAACGGCUUCCGGUACUUCAACCUGGUGCUGAUCUCCAACGUGGCAGGCGCGGGGGACAUCGUGAGGGCGAGCGUCAAGGGCUCGCGCACCGGGUGGAUGAGCAUGAGCCGCAACUGGGGCCAGAACUGGCAAUCUGACGCCGUCCUUGUUGGCCAGUCACUCUCCUUCCGGGUCACGGGCAGCGACCGCCGCACCUCCACAUCCUGGAACAUCGUCCCCGCCGGCUGGCAGUUCGGCCAAACCUUCACGGGCAAGAACUUCAGGGUUUGACUUCCGGCGUUGACCGAGGGUCAUCUUCCUUAAUUAGGGUCCGAGACUGUCAUAGUUUCAACUACUAUUGUGUUAAAGAUGACAAGUAUUGUAAGGUGAGUGAGGCAUAGAAAAGUAGCUGAAGCGGCUGCACAAACACAUUGUAGCCCGCAGCUUAUGAUUAUGAUAGUGAUUAUGAUAGUGUCGCUCUAGGGUUUGAUAUAAACUUUCGAUAUGUGUACGUCUCGAUGACCCUAUUAAUCAUAUGAUUUGAGAAGUAGCGAUUUGGUGAUCUAUAUUUGGAAUUGGAAUGGUGUUAUCUGCUUAA